AUGGCUCGCGCCGUAGCACUGCUCCUCUUUUGCCUCGCGUCAACCACAACCGCCCUGCGACCGACGCGCCGCCGCGACCUCUUCGCCGUGACGGCCGCGACCUACUGGAAGUGGGGCUUCGCGGCGACGGGCGUCCUGCACGCGACUCACGCGGCGACGGCGCUCGACGAAGCGUUCCCGGCGCCCCCUCCACGCAAGAGCGAGCGGCCGAUGAUCACCGUCACGCCUCUCGUCCACCGAGGAAAACUGCCCCGCCCCAAAGCCCUGGGCGGGCGAGGCUCGACCUACGACAUGGAGCCGGGAAUCAUCGGCAGCCACCUCCCCUGGCCGACGGAUGCCCGACUGCCAGGGGCUGCUAGGUAG